UGCCAUAUAUUUCAUAAUUCUGACAUAGUUUCUCACAAUUAAUCAUUUGGAUCUUGCGUAUGGUCAUGGAUAGCAUUAUAGAGUAUUAUUUUCGUUGUGGUUUCACAAAUAGAGAGAUCCUGAUUUCAUUGGAAGAGUCACACAACGUAAAGCUAAGCCUCCGGACCCUUGAAAGAACGUUACAGAGGAAUCGGUUGUGGCGUAGACGCAACAAAACAGAUGAUGCAGAAGUGGCAUAUUUUAUACACCAACAGCUUCAGGCAUCAGGGCGUCAACAUGGCUAUCGGUGGAUGCACCAGAAAUGUUGGAUGUCUGGGAUUAUUACAGACCGAGAAACGGUUCGCCAAUUAAUGCGACUUUUAGAUGGACAAGGUGUGGAUCUUCGUUCGAGAGGUCGUCUACGUCGACGCGUAUAUACCAGUCGCGGGCCAAAUUAUGUUUGGCAUAUUGACGGGUAUGACAAAUUAAAACCUUACGGAAUAUGUAUAAAUGGAUGCAUUGAUGGUUUUUCCAGAAAAAUCAUCUGGCUCGAGGCUUACAAAACUAACAAUGACCCACGAAUAAUUGCAGGAUAUUUCGUAAAUGCUGUUGAUGAAAAUAACGGAUGCCCACAAAGAAUUAGAAUUGACCAUGGAACUGAAAAUACUCAUAUGGCAGACAUGCAAACAUUUCUCAAAGAAACUGCAAAUGGAGAAUGCGUCACACUUGGUCCAAGCACUGGAAACCAAAGAAUAGAACGAUGGUGGUUGACACUGAGAAGCCAGUGCAUACAGUUUUGGAUGGAUCAUUUUGAACAACUUAAAGAAGAUGGACACUUUGUUGACAGCUUUAUUGACAAAUCUCUCAUUCAGUUUUGCUUCCAGCAUUUUAUUCAGGAGGAUCUUGAUGAAACAGUCGAUGCCUGGAAUUGCCACAGGAUAAGGCCAACUCACAACCCACGUGCCCCCAGUGGUCGACCUUCGAUAAUGUUUGCUGUUCCCAAUUUAUAUGGAGUGCAGAAUUUCGUCAAUCCAGUUGAUCAAACAAAACUGGCUGUUUGCAGAGAGGAUUGUUUAUUUAAAGACUAUCCUUGUGAUGAGGAUGUAUUUCACAUCUGUGUGGAACUAAUGGCUGACCAUAAUCUUGUCAUGCCAAAUGAUGUUUAUGAAAUUACAGACCUCUACCUUAGACUUCGUCAGUUGAUCCUUCAGGAACUGGACUUGGAUGACUAGGUUAAAUUAUUCUACAAUAUCCAUUAAAAACCAUUUAAAUACACUGUGUACACUUUUAAGAGUUCAGAUUGACAAUAUAUUGAAAUUUGGGCCAUUUUUUCUUCAUAAAUUGACACAUGUACUUGCUGAACUACAGCAAUACCCUCCCUUACUCAAUGUACAGUGUUUGGACAAGUCAUUUGAUAUGAUAAUUUGCUGCUUAAACAUAUAUUUAAGAAAUUAGGUUUUUGUACUUUAUCAUUUAUAAUGAGAGGACUAAACAUGUUGUUGUGCGUAUAUUUGGGCACAUCAUCACAAUCAAUCUUAGAACUUUUUCUGUCAUCUUGUUAUUUUGAAUAAAAUGUAU